AUGAAAGGCAGGAAUGCGCUCUCUAUCUAUCCACAUUGCUCUUCUCCAAUUCUGUGUACUAACUUCGUAUCAUCAUGGGCCUUCAAGAAAGUCCUCAUUGUCGGCGCUACCUCUGGAAUUGGCCGGGCUAUUGCAACCAGACCGAUUGAGAAAGGCAUACCCGUCGUGAUAUCCGGCCGCCGAGAAGAGAACCUGCAGGAGUUUGUUCGCCAACAUGGCAGCGACAAGGUCAAAAGCAAGGUCUUUGAUGUGACAAAAUUGGACAAACUCAAGAUUCCCGUUUUCGCCUCUGAAGUCCUCAUCGAGAACCCCGACAUUGAAUGCGACUUCGUCAAUUCGGGCGUCCAGCGCCCCUUUGACUUCUCCAAGCCCGACACUGUCGACCUCCCGAUGUUCGACCAGGAGCUGGUCACAAACUACGCAUCCGCCAUGGCCCUUGUUCCAAUGAUGCGGUGCCCGAACUACGGGGCUUCCAAAGCUGCGCUGCACCACUUUAUUCUCGCUCUCCGCACGCAGCUGCGAGAUGGUCUGGUGGUAGAGAUCUACCCGCCUCCUGUGCAGACAGAGCUGCAUGACACGAAGCAUCAGCGAUCUCAAGAACGGACAUCUAAUUGGGAUGCCGCUGGAUGA